ACAAACAAUCAUUCCAAUUUAUUCAAGCUAAAUAGUUUUGAGGUAUGCCUGUAGUUAUUAUAGACGAGUAACAUUAAACGUUUACGUUUGACUAUUCGUAAAUAAAAAAUCUUUUAAUCUAUAGUUUAGUUUAUCUAUACAAUGGAUCUUGAUAAUGGACAACCAAUACCCAAUAAAAAAUCUUGUGUAACUGAAUCUGAUAUUAUAAAAACAAUAUUUGAAUUUAAACAUAUAAAUUCAUCCGUCUUUGCAUGGGAAAUUCAGGAUUGUCUUGUGAAUGAAAUGAAUUGCAAGUUAGAAGACGUUCCAAGUAUAUCAUCAAUCGAUAAAAUUUUAAAAAAUCUUGGUUUAACUGAAAAUUCAAAUUCUAAAGACAAACAUCAAAUCAAUAAUCAAGAUUUAGAAGAAUAUAGGAAACCAAUUACAAAAGAUAAUUUAAAUGAAAAUGAUUUACGAGAACGUGUCAAUGUACAAAAUAAUCAAACAAUAUUUACACAAAAACAAAAGGAUCUUUUAGAAGAAGUUUUUAAUGUUCACUAUUAUCCAGAUAGAUCUCAACGUGAAAAACUUGCAUUAAAAUUCAAUGUACCUGAAAUAAAAAUUCAGAUAUGGUUCCAAAAUCGUCGAAGGGAACAUCGUAAAGUUGAAAAAGUAAAAAUUCGUCAGCAAGCUCAUCCAAAAGAUUAUAUUUUCUUUCUGUCACUGAUUGAAUUAUUAAUUGAUUUAUAUAUCAUAAAAAUGAUAUCACUAAUCGAUGAUCCUGACGCUUAUGUUACUUGA